UCAUAUUUCAAAAACGUGUUUACAUCUGGAUAUGGGCCGUCUUUUCUGAUUUCGGGUUGAAUCAAACCCUCCAUUAUCGUCGUCUUCCUCAAUCCUCGGGGUUUUGGAGCACUCGUAAGUCGUAUCCUCUGUAACUUUCUGUCGCCAUGAACGCCUUCACCCAUUUCUCUGCAAAACCAAACCUUAACUUUCUUCCUUCUCUCAAUAACCACCGUCCAGUUCUAGUCCGACCCCUUUCGUCUCUCUCCUUCACAACUCAGCCGCAGCAUGUGCCCAUCAAAGCCUCGUCGUCAUUCUCGCCGGAGUUCUCCGUUCCUAAACCCGCAAAGCAAGAAACCGCAAAAUCAUCCCCGGGAAUUCUCGAAACACUAACCCAAUCCCAUUUUCAAACACCCUUUUCUUGUGCCGUCGUCGCCACCGUCGCGGCCGCCGCGGUUUUCCUCGGCAGAUUUAGCCUCAGAGUGAACCCCUCCAUUGCAGCCCCGGUUUCAGCUCCGGCCACCGCAGAGGCGGCGGUUUCCGACGCGGAAACCGAGAAGGCUCUCCAAGAACGUUUGGCUGCGAACCCGAACGACGUCGAGGCGUUACAAAGCCUAGUGGAGAGUAAGAUUCAGAACCAGAACAUCGGCGACGCCAUUAGCAUCGUGAACAGGUUGAUGGAGCUGGAACCGAGCGAGACAGAGUGGCCGCUGUUGAGAAACCACUUGUUUGUUCUCACCGGAGAGUUUGAAACGGCGAGAAGGGGAUUCAAUGAGAUUCUGUCGAAGGAGCCUUUACUGGUCGAGGCUUAUCACGGGCUUAUAACGGCGGUUUCGGAGGACGAUCAAGUUGAGGAGUUGAAGGGAAUUGAGGAGAGGAUUCUGAAAGCAAUGAAACUAUGCAAAACUGAGGAUAAAAAGGGCCAAUUGAGAGAUUUCAAGCUCUUAUUGGCACAAAUUCGGGCUAUUGAAUAUGACUAUGAAGAGGCAUUGAAAGUCUAUCAAGAAUUGGUAAAGGAGGAACCCACAGAUUUCAGGCCAUAUCUCUAUCAAGCAAUAAUGUACACAAUGUUGGGGAAAGAUAAAGAAGCCAAGAAGCAUUUCCAGAUGUAUCGCGAGCUCUUACCCGAGGGUCACCCUUAUUCAUCAUUUCUUGAUAACACCAUGAUUGCCAGUAAGCUUUUCGCCGCAGCAAAGUGAAAAAUGGUGAGCAAGACGAGUUUUUGGCUUCAUUUCCAGCCUAGUUUUGCCAGUUGAGAAACAUUUUGAUGUGUGAUAUGUGGUAUAAUCUUUAUGUCACAAGCAACAAAGCAUGUUUGUCUGUUUAUGGUUUUGAAUAUUGGAUAGCACUGGUAGAAAUUUUUACUUAUGAGGGCUUUUUGAUUCUUGGAGGUAUUACAUUAAUAUGAAUGUUAUCAUAUAGUGGUUGAAUUAGUGAAGGACAAAGCAAGAUCAUUGCUUUUUGACAACCAAUUCUCCAAUGCUAAUUUUGAAUGGUGUCGUGUCUUUUUAAA